GCUGUGCUCGCUGCCUGGCUGCCUUGGUGGCUGGCAGCCUGACUGGCUGUCCCUGCGCCAGCAGCAUGACGCAUGAUGACGGAUGUACAGCAGUUGUACACUAGGGGGACUCAAGCGUUCAACAAGUAAGAUGUGAGAUUGCAUCAACUCUUACAUUGCAUUGAGAAAUUGAUUAAAGAGCAUUGCGUUAAUACCAGAGGACCAAAAAUGUUGAAAAUCGUUUCAUACAGCAUACUAACUCAUAAACAGCCCUAUUACUGUUCAACUAUUUCUGUAGCUCAAUCAUCCAAAAGAGACGUUGUUGUAGGAAUAUUCACUCCACAGAUCACCGUGACAACACUGACACCCAAGGAAAUGCUGAAAUAGAGUGAAAGGUACAGAUCAAGGGUAAAACCUAAUAGGGUGAUGUCGAAACAUCAGUGAUUUACGAAGACAGGCAAGGCAUAUCUGAAGUUUACUGUGGCCUGUUGGCAAUGAGAGCGUCGAGGAGGAUAGUAGACAAUCAUACAGCUUAUAGCCAUAGGGACAUCAUGCAGUUAAGUAUGUGCUGUUUUUUAUAGCAUUGAAUCAUAGAAUGAGUGCUUCUGCUUCUCCCCUCUAUACAGAGCAGUACAGUAGACCGGCCUGAGAGGCAGGAGGCCAGGUGCUCUAUACAGAGCAGUACAGUAGACCGGCCUGAGAGGCAGGAGGCCAAGUGCUCUAUACAGUAGACCGGCCUGAGAGGCAGGAGGCCAGGUGCUCUAUACAGAGCAGUACAGUAGACCGGCCUGAGAGGCAGGAGGCCAGGUGCUCUAUACAGAGCAGUACAGUAGACCGGCCUGAGAGGCAGGAGGCCAGGUGAUAAGAGAGGACGACAUUUGCUCAGCAUGUUAUAGGGAAAUAUAUAGAGUGGGUGUUCAAACAUAUAGAGAUUACAGAUAUGGAAAAUAUAGCACCUUAAAAAGCGUACUCAAGGCACACACCCACACACGCACGAACACACAAACACUAACUCCCAGUCUGGAGAGGCGGUGGCAGCUCCUCCCAAAAUAGAGAGAGUGGGAGAGAGAGAGAGAGAGAGAGAGAGAGAGAGAGAGAGAGAGAGAGAGAGAGAGAGACAGAGAGAGAGAGAGUCAGAGAGAAAGAGAGAGAGAGAGAGAGAGAGAGAGAGAGAGAGAGACAGAGACAGAGACAGAGAGAGAGAGAGAGACAGAGAGAGAGAGAGAGAGAGUCAGAGAGAAAGAGAGAGAAAGAGAGAGUCAGAGAGAAAGAGAGAGACAGAGAGAGAGAGUCAGAGAGAAAGAGAGAGACAGAGAGAGAGAGAGAGAGAGAGAGAGAGAGGAGUACACUGCUGAGGGAGCCUGUCUGCUGUCACACGUGUCUGCCCUCACCUCCUCUGUACUCUAGCUUCACAGGAGACAUACUGCACUCACCACAUCUGGACCUACAGGACGUCUAUGAGAUCUGGCCUCUCAAUCUCUACACCUCUUUUCUGAUUAACCUAAUCUACAAAGAAUCUGAUCCAAAUACAAAGCCUUCUGAGGGAAACUCGAUGGCAGAGGUUGUGGAAACACUUGAAAAGAACACAAUGAUACAUGCUGUAUGAAGUGAAAGAAUAUCUUUCCUGGGGGGGAAAUGGUGUGUUUGAAAGGCACUCUACGGGGCUCAUCGUAUCCACACUCUACGGGGCUCAUCGUAUCCACACUCUACGGGGCUCAUCGUAUCCACACUCAAGGUCAGUUCCUGGCUAACGAAAGAGGAAAUCCUUGUGCUCUGUGGGAUGAGAGUUCAACUGUGGUGCAUUAGCUGAUCCUUCAUCAUCUCCCCCUCCACCUGCUCCCCCCUUUCAUCAUCGACACACUAUGUGGAUGUUAUCUUUAGCCGUAUGGAUUCUCAAUGUCACAAAUCUCACUCAUGGAUAUGACUAUGAUGAGUAUUACCCAGGCGAGGAGGAAACCAAGGCCCCGCUGGUUGGGGAGGGACUCAGUGAUUUAGACACAGUGUCCAAUGUGGACGAGCUGGUGGAGCUGUUGUACCCAGAGUACAGUCUGGUGCAGCAUUGCCUACGUAGGAAAACCCAGCGCACCUCCACUCCUCUCCAUGCUGAAGACGACGUCUGGGCCUGGGGCAAGCCCAGGGAGGGGGCACUGUACAAGUCUGACGACGGCACCUUUGACGUUAUUCUGGAGGAGAUCCAGCGUACCAUGUGCAGUCCUCGGGAGGUGUGUCUGGAGGUGUCUAAAGAGUACCCAGAGAGCACCCGUCACUUCUACAUGCCUCGCUGUGUGUCUGUGCACCGCUGUGGGGGCUGCUGUACCCACGAGGGUCUGUACUGCACCAACACCAGCCAUACUUACAGCAACAAGACGCUGCUGGAGAUGACUCACCGUGAACACUCUGUGGUGAUGGUGGCGUUCGUCAACCACACAUCCUGUGAGUGUCUGUCCAAGAGGCCCCAGCACUCCGUCAUCAGGAGGGCUGCUGCAGCCCACCUCACCGUGUGUUCUCCGCCAGAUGUUCCCUGCAGUACAGGACUGGUCUGGGACCCCACCAGCUGCCUGUGUGUUCCCAUGGACACAAGCUUCUUCUCUGAGAGAGAGCUGGAACCCCUGGAGUUGGCCUUGCUGGCGCUGUGUGGCCCCAACAAAGUCCUGGACGAGGACAGCUGUGAGUGUGUGUGUGAGAACGGUCUGACAGAGGCCAGCUGUGGGCCGGGCUGGCGUCUAGACCAGGCGUCCUGUGAGUGUCUCUGUGAGGACCAGCCCGCCCCGGGGACCUGCCCUCCCAACCAACGCUGGGACCCAGAGCUGUGUGGCUGUGUGUGCCGGGCAGAGUGCCCCCGUAGCCAGCCUCUCAACCCAGAGACGUGCCUGUGCCAGUGCAGGGAUAGCCCUCAGACCUGCCUGCUAGAGGGCAAGAGGUUCAACGCACACAACUGUAGCUGUUACCGGCUGCCCUGCAGAAAGCCACACAACAGCUGUCCAACAGGCUUCUACUACAGCCACUACGUCUGCCAGUGCAUACCCAACCACAUGAGGUCAGGGGAGUGGAACUGACAAAGCUGGUGUUACCAGCACUGAUGCCAAACUCUAGGGUCAAUGUACUGUAACUGUAUGGUGGAAACGAGGCGGUGUGUUUGCAAUGUAGAGCCGGUAGAUGGAGGCUAGAAUAGGGGAAUGUUUUUUUAAUGAAUUCUCCUGAUAGGCCGUGAGGCUCUCCAUCGUCAGACCAGGGAACAUACAAUGAAGCACACAACGAUGCAGUCGUCUAGAUACUGCAGGUCAUGGUCUGAAUCAUGGACAUUAUUGACAUUGCCUCAGAUUCAUUAUGUGUGGCUGUUAAAAUGAAAAAAAAAUAUUCAUUCCAUAAAAUGAAAUAAUUUUUUGAUUAUCUGACAUUGAUAUUUAUUGCAAGUGACCCUGCAGCUCUCCGAGAUGACGAUGACGUAACUGGGAAGAAACGCCCUGACAUGAGAAGGAAGACAAAAGACUGAAAUGUAAAGCCCAUGCAUAUACUGUAUUGUACAAAAUGUGUGACUGUAGUCAGUGGUGGCUGUGAAUGAAAAGUGUGUUUUUAAUGUCAUAUCCUAUUUGUAUUGUAUUUCAAAUACACGCUAUUGAUAAAAUAAAAUACAAACUGUGAUUGGCUUUGGUAAAUG